GACCAAACAAGUAACGGGAAAAUGAUGCGUCCUGCGAUAUUCCUGGCAGUCUGUUCAAUAAUUUUAUUUAAAUUCGCCAAUGGCUACAAGGAGAUGCACGGACUGAAUGGAAAGCUGUUCCCGAAGGCAGCGACCUUUAAUUUCCCCGAGUACGCUUAUAAGGAGACCAGCAAGAAUGAAAUAACCUACCAUGAAAUGGAGGUGACAUGCGACCAGCACGCCCAGUGCAUAAACCUUAGUCCCGUGGGCGUGGCUAAGAUCAACUGCAUCCGACAGUGCAUUUCGCCAUCCUGCUACAAGGACAUCUACGCCUUCAACGAACUGGAGGAGGGCGAAAUCGAUGCCAGGCUGAAUUCCUUCAAGGGCUGCGUCAUCCAGCGCAUGUAGCAGCCCAAGUUGUUCAAGGAGUGCUUCAUCUUCAAAUGGCUGGAAUUCACUGGCAUGACUUAUUAAAUGCAGAUAAUGCUAAAGGAUUCCUGGCCACAGUCAAUUGUGAGGAUAAAACACAGAAAUCUCUUCAAAAUUCCAAUUGUUUAAGACUUUCGUUUGAAAUGUAGCCUAAACAGAUUUCUGUAGUAUGCCGAAAAUGUAAUGACCCUUUUGUGUCGUCUCUGUGAUCCGAAGACGGUC